AUGUUGCAAGAAGAAGAAGACAAAUUGAAAAGAAAAGAAGGUGAAAGAAAAGAGUGGAAGAAAAAAGGGAAAUACUAUGGAAAAGGUGGAAUUGAGGAGAUACGAGAGCAUAGGAGGAGGCUUAAGGCUCAGGCGGACAACUCCCUAAUGAGACACCGGGAGGACCCUUUGAAAUGUGUGCAAGCUCUUGGCAACCGGCAUGGAAACUUCGUGCUCGAUCAUUCGAACAAGAUGAAGUGA